UAUAAGCCAUUCAUCAAGAUUGUCUUAGGCCAUUCAACAACAGUGAUUUAGGCCACUCAACAGCACCUACUUGGGCCAUUCAACAACUGCCUCUGCAACUCAGAACUCUCCCGUCAUGGGGACUUGCUCAUGUACCCUGCACUAACAGUACUCACACUCACCGCCUACAAGAAAACUCAGGUGUACUCACACACAGCCUAACCAAGAUUAUCUCACGCGCCGGGGGUUUAAACCACAGCCAAGUCUCUGACACUGGAUUAUCUGACUGAACAAAGAGCUUGUGGAUUAUCCCGCUCGGGCACUGGAUUUUUCUCAACUCUAAGCGGAUUAGGAUUAGCGUGCGCUGUAAAAUGGCCCAAAACGAAGGCACGUACAUUCUCGGCAACAGCCACACCAUGUCAGACUUCUCUGACACGUCCAGUGUUAGCGACACCCGGGGGCUGAUGGAGGAGAAGGACGACGGGAAGCCCCGGAGUUCGAUCCCCAUGACGUCGUUCAACUUCAUCAACUCCAUCAUCGGUUCUGGCAUUAUCGGCAUGCCGUUUGCAUUACGUCAAGCAGGAUUUGGACUAGGGUUGAUCCUGAUUAUUUUAGUUGCUUUUGUUACAGAUUACUCCAUCUUGGUACUGAUUGAGACAGGCAGAUUGUCAAAUACAGAUACCUACCAGGACAUGGUGCUAGUGGCAUUUGGUAGACCUGGCUUCUAUGUCCUCACAGUCCUACAGUUCUUGUACCCUUUCAUUGCUAUGAUUAGCUACAAUGUUGUCAUUGGGGACACAAUCACCAAAUUUAUUGCUUGGCUGGGUGGUGAAAAUCCAACAUUAGUGCAUUCUGUAUUGGGAAAUAGACAGUUCAUCAUAACAGUGAUUACACUGCUUGUUACCUUGCCUCUGUCCCUUUACAAAAACAUAGUCAUGCUUGGGAAGUGGGCUUUUCUCUCUAUUCUUCUCAUUCUUUUCAUCAUGGUUGCUGUGAUUGUCAGGCUGAGUACUUUUAUUGGGACAAUCCCACCCACAGAAGAUGCGUGGCAGUUUGCAAACUACAAUGUCUCUCAAGCUGUUGGCAUCAUGGCUUUUGCCUAUAUGUGCCACCACAACACAUUUUUGAUCCAUUCCUCACUGGAGAACCCAACCAAGAAGCGCUGGGGGUUUGUCACACAUUUUAGUGUCUUAUUUGCUAUGGUCAUGUUACUGAUACUUGGUAUCACAGGCUACGCCUCCUUCACUGGACUCACUGAAGGUGAUCUACUGGAAAAUUAUUGCCGAGAUGACAUAUUGAUGAAUAUCUCUCGAAUCUUCUUCGCUAUUACAAUUAUGCUUACAUAUCCUGUAGAGUGUUUUGUGACAAGGGAGGUAGUUGAAACUGCUAUUUUCCCAUCCAAUCCCGAACCACCCAUGUGGCGCCAUGUCACUGUCACGGUGGUGAUUGUCACCCUUGUGGGUGCUGUUUCCAUGGCAACUGAUUGUUUGGGGACGGUCUUAGAACUUAAUGGUGUCUUAGCUGCUGCUCCGUUGGCUUUUAUUAUCCCUGGGGCCUGCGUCAUGAGGUUACGCCAAGAUGCCAUAUUUUCUAAGCGUAACAUUCCUGCCAUGCUGCUCAUGGCUUUUGGUAUCAUCAUAGCUGUCUGUGGAUUUGUUAUGGCUGUGAUAAACAUGGCUGAAGGCAUAAGUUGCGGGCACGGAAAAGAGCCUAAAUAUUGCAUGAUAAAUAAUGUAACUGACUUGCAUAUAACCACAAUGAGUUACGUUCCAGUUGAAAUUGAACCUGAAGAAACGGGGUUAAGAUCACUUAUAAAGAAAUUUGUUUAGGGACUUUUUGUUUCAUUUUAUUUAAAAUUACUUAAUUGUAAAAUUUAUUUUAAAUUAUUUAAAAAACAGAUUAAUAGAAUACUUAUUAACUUUAUUAUUUGAUAUAAAGUUUUCAGUUUUUAGACCUCAUCUCUCUAUAAAAAUAAAAUCUCUACAAUUUCUUGCUACCAAGUGAAAAUAAUAGAACAAUUUUUAUUAUAGUUUACAUUAGGCCUAUAAUAUGGACAGUUUUUACCACAUAUUAAAUUUUAAUGAAUCUUGUGCUUGAUAAAAAUUAUUUUUAAUUGCAAUUUAUUUUUAACUGAUUUAUUUAUAUUUGUAGUGGUUUUUAUAUUAAAAUUUAUUUAAUUUUCCAUUUGAAGAAAGAAAUCCUUUAUUUUAUAAAUUAUAUAUUUUAAAUUUAAAAUACUAUAACAAACAUUUGUAAAAUGUGAUGCUAAGUGUGUUUAUUACAUAAUGUUUCAAUGCAUUUAUGAAUUUAUUAUACAUUUUAUGAAAUAAAUUAUAUUUAUUGAAGAAAGUACCUUGACAAAAUAGAUGUUUACGAGCAUAUAAUACAUUUGUAAAUAAUUUUAACUGGAUAUACACAUAUAAACAAAUUCUAAAAAUAAAUUCCUGAAGUAAUCAGUAGUCAUAUUAAUAAAAAGCUUGCAUUUAAUAUUAUAAAAACAAAGUGUUAUACAGUUGCUUAAAAAUUGAAAAGCUAACUGUCUAAACUGGUAGUUUGCUAAUUAGAUGGGAAAUUGGAUACAUGCUGUGGAAACCUUAUGAGCAGUAUUGUAAUAAGUUUCAGAUAUAUCUUCCAGUGUGGUAUGAGUAGUUUUAAAAUUAUUGAAGGUAUGUGUGAAGUCAUUCUAUAGGCCUAUAUUUAAUAAAUUAUAAUUAUUCUGUAACAGUACAAAAAGUAAUGCUUUGUAAAUUAACCAUAUAUUUAAUUGCUAAAAAUAGUACAAUAUAUUCAUAGCUACUUAAAACUAGUGCAGAUUUGUUACUUAAAUGUUUCAAAUUUCAUUUUGAUGUUUUACAAUUAAACUAUAAUUGUACGAUAUUGAAAAAUAUUCUAUAACAUUCAUUUCCAAUUUGUUAAAAUUUAAUCAAAGUGAUAUGUAUUAUAUACAUUUGCAUUGCAAAAUAAUUAUUUUAAUUUAUUUUGAAUCAAAAAUGGUAAUUAUACUUUAGAAAUAUACAGUUAGUUCUAAUGUUGUCUUACAGCUGAGAUUCAAAACAUUUCUAAAGAAACAAAAAAAGGAAGUAAUACCCAGUAG